UUUGUCGAAGCAUCAGCUCCGGGUCAUGCCACGGGUGUUUGGAUGCUAAAGAUGGCGGCACCCAGUGAGCUGUUUUGCUGGAAGGCUGGUUUGGGUUUACCGUCAGUAAAUACGGACUGUCUCAUCGUGCUGGCUUACGCUCGCUUUGCUGGAGCUCCGCUCAAAAUUCACAAGAUUUCUAACCCCUGGAGAAGCCCCACAGGUUCACUUCCUGCUCUCAGGACCAAAGAUGAAGGCAGCUUCUCCCAACCCAGUCAGAUCAUCAUUCAGUUGAGGAAACAGAAAUACAAUGCAGACUAUGAUCUCUCAGCCAAGGAGGGCGCAGACACUCUGGCCUUCAUCUCAUUACUGGAGGAGCGACUGUUACCUGCACUGGUCUACGCUUUAUGGAUCGAUCCUAAGAACUACGUGGAGGUGACGCGCCGCUGGCAUGGAGAAAAUAUGUCCUUCCCACUCAACUUCUUUCUGCCGGGCUGCAUGCAAAACAGGCAGCUUGAGCGACUCCGCCUGAUCCGGGGAAACAGUUCACUGGAGGCAGGAGAAGAGGCAGAGAAGGAGCUUUACCAUGAUGCUCUGGAGUGCCUAAAUCUUCUUUCUCAGCGACUGGGAUCGAACAAAUUUUUCUUUGGAGAUUCGCCCUCUUCUCUAGAUGCGUAUGUGUUUGGUCAUCUAGCUCCGCUUAUUAAAAUCCGGCUGCCUAACUGCCGCCUGCAGCAGAACUUGAAGAAUCUGGACAACUUGAACACGUUUUGCUGCAACAUCUUGAGCUUGUACUUCCCCAGCGAGAGUAAAGAGGGCGUCAAUCGUCCGAUGUCCAGCACACAACAGGGGAGCGAAUUUGACAACGAGCCAUACAAGAGACGCAAGCAGCUGCUGUCAGUGCUGGUCGCUGUGGCAGCGAUGUUGAGCUAUGCUCUUCUCACCGGCAUAGUAGCUAUUGAGCAUAUGCAGGAAGAGGAGCAUGUAAGCCCCGCCUCUCUCCGAGGCUCCUCCCAUGAGGAGGAAGAGGAGGAGUGAAUGA